UUCCACCAUCUCCUCUCUCUCUCGUAGCUUCUCUCUCUGAAAACACAACACACACUAACUGUAACUCUGAAAUUGACAAAUUCCGGUUGAAAAAUGGGGUUUCCAGUUGGAUACACUGACCUAUUUCUCCCGAAAUUGCUAGUAUAUGUGCUAACGGCAUUAGGAUUUGUGCGGAAAUUCGUGUACGCGCUGCUCUCCGUGCUAGGGCUGGGGGAUUUUCUGGAGCCGGAGACGGCGUCGUAUCCAUCGAGCGAGGCGGAGCCGCGGUCGGUGUCGGCGGCGCUGAUCCGCGAGCUGCUUCCGGUGGUGAGGUUCGCGGAUUUGGAGGAGGAUCUGGAUCCGCCGGAGAGCUGCGCGGUGUGCCUGUACGAAUUCGGAGGGGAGGACGAGAUCCGGCAGCUGGCGAACUGCCGGCACAUAUUCCACCGGAGCUGCGUCGACCGGUGGAUGGACCACGAUCAGAAGACGUGCCCGCUCUGCCGAACGCAGUUCAUACCGGAGGAUAUGCAGGAGGCGUUCAACGAGCGCCUCUGGCUCGCCUCCGGCAUCUCCGAUCUCUACGGCGACUACUCUCCGAUCACGGCUGCUUUGUAGGACUAGUUACUUUUUCUUUUUCUCUUUUUUUUUUUUUAAUUUUUAUGGGGGUAAGAUUCGGGAUUUUUGUAAUAUCUUUUCUAGGUUUUCGAUUGGUGGAAGACGGAGAUGGUUGAGGUUUUUUAAUUUGGGAUGUGGAAUGUACAUAUUACUCCUACAUGAAAACAAAAAGGUUGGACAAA